AUGGAUGUGAAAUUUAGCAAGGGAAAGUCUGAGGAGAAACAGGACAUGCGUACGGAGGGAGCCAAGGUGUGGCACCUUCUGCGAACCACCUCUGGGUUUGGCGAGCAGGGGCUUCCGGCCUCUCGCUCCCAGUCCUCCGAGCCUCACUACCAUCGAGCGUCGCGUCAUUCCUCGCAGUGUUACCCACAGCACACCUGGGCCACACACACCAAACGCCCCUACCAGCGAACGGAUGCGCGGGUCUGUCCCGGGACCCAGACGCCAGCGACCCUGGCGACCCGGGGCCUACAGCGCGCCAGAGACAGGACGCGCGCCGGAAACUUUUCCACCCCGCGACCCCGGGAGGCCGUCCUGCUCGCAUCGUCUGCGGCCUCCCUAUACCAGCUUCUAAUAAAGCUUCCAAAAACGAAACCAAGCGAGGCUCCGCCACUUCUGAAAAACAGGAGGAGCCACCAUGGCGCUCGCGCUUCGGAUCCAAUGCCCUACUUGCCGCCCAGCGCCUCUUGCGCGCGCCACACGGGCGCCAGGCCCACCAAGCCUGUGAGCGCCCGACGCCCCCAAAGGCGGCCUCCAGAGAGCCCCUUACCUCCCGCCGGGGCGCUCGAGGCCGAUCGGUGGGCACGGCGCAGGCGCAGGAGCGACGGGGCGGGGCGUCACGAGGGGUGGGCAGGGUUGGGCCCCGCCCCCGCCCCCGCCCCCGCCCUGCGAGGCCCCCAGGCCGGGCGCGGGGGGCGCACAGGCAUACAGAUUCUCUCUCCUCACCACGAGGCUGCUGCUGGAGGAUGGAGGAGGGGUGGUGUCAGCAAUUCAAGACUGUCUUUCCUACCCUCUUCAGUGCCCUUCCUUGAUAAGCUGUUUAAACCAGCUGACAGCUCAACUGAAGUCCCAGCCACAGCCAGCAUCAACUGCAAAGACACCUCCAGAUGACUGCAACCCCAGCCAUCAAGUCAUUCCCAGCCUUCAAGCCUUCCCAGCUGAGGCCCAGACAUCAGAGAAGCCUGGAGACAUUCUCUGCACUUACAAAGGACCAGCUCCUGUGAUCUCUUCUGAGAAGACCACCCCCACCUGCUGUCUCUGAGCACUUUGAACUCACUCCCUGGUCUCCAUGGUGGCGCUCAACACCUUGCAUCACAUGUGGUACUUUGCAUGUCUAUGUCCUCUAGGGAUGUGUGUUAUCAUCUCUGAAAACCCAAUGACAUGCAGCACGGUGCCUAGGUCAGUGAAUAUUUGUUGAUUGACUAGACUCAACACUCGUUGCCAUGGAGAUGAAGCAAUGUACUGCUUUUACUUGUAGGAAUCCAAAGCUGGAUCUAGUUUUUUGUUUUUGUCUUUUUAAAAUGAACUAAACUCCAUACUUUCUAGUUUUGAAUGUUUAACUGACGUAGGAAUUGCUGAAUGGUUUUGAAAUUGAACUAAAGAGCUUUAGUUCAAAGGCAGCCUUGAACCAGUUUCCUUCCAGUCCUGAUGAAGUAAUAUGCUUGUGCCUUAAAUCUGUUUAUUUUCUUCAGAUGCUCCAGUAUGCCAUUUGAAAGCCUUCCAAAUGGAAUCCAUACUCUUUGAGACUGCCUUGGUUUUUGUUUCGUUAAUGGCUCUCUUGGAAGUCUAGCAGCCCCAUUAAAAAAAAAAAGUGAGUUUCUCAUCCUGGACCAAAGACCAGGAGGAAGUCAGUUUCCAUUUGGAAUACUGAAGGAACAGCUACUGUCUGAAUCCUCAUUGCAGCCAUACCAUUUGCUUGUCUUUGCCUGCAUGUCAACCAUCAAAUGAUGAACCAGCUUAGCCUCUUAAGGCACAGACACAUCUAACCUUAGCUAAUAGGAGAUAUCCCAAGAAAUGCAAGUAAACAAUGCUUGGGCAAACCAAUGCACAUUUCCAGUGAAACAGAAAGAAGGGGCCAUCUGUACCAGAGGAUGCAUUUGAUGCUCUGGAAACUCACCACCUGCCUGAGAAACAUGUUUUCUAUAGCCAAGAGCAUAUUAUUCUGAUCUUGAACUCUCAGUUCAACAGCCAAGCCUGUGCUUGUGUCUGACCAAAAGGUCAAGGAUGAGCCCCUCAUUUGGCCACUUCUGGAGCCCCCACCCUCUGUCACCACCUCCCCAGACCCCAGUCUGACCAGAAAGAAUGAGGUCUAACAGGAAACUCUCCCCCGGGGCAAAGGGAGCUGGGGCAAGGGCCUCCAUGGCCACAGGGAGAUGAUAUUCUUUCCUUUGCCCAACACGCACCUUUCUCCAUCCCACCCCACCUUGGGAUCCUUUAUCUCCCAAAAGAUAGAAAGAGAGAGAUCUAUAGAGGGAGACAGGCAUAAAUCAAAUAUCUUUUAUGUUUGUGGUUAAAAAACUGCUGAGUUGGCUGGGUGUGGUGGCUCACGCCAGGAAUCCCAGCACUUGGGGUGCCAAGGCGGGUAGAUCAAUUGAGGUCAGGAGUUCGAGACCAGCCUGGCCAGCAUGAUGAAAUCCCAUCUCUACUAAAGAUACAAAAAUUAGCCGGGCAUGGUGGCAGGUACCUGUAAUCCCAGCUACUCAGGAGGGUGAGAUAGGAGAAUUGCUUGGACCCAGGAGGCAGAGGUUGCAGUAAACCUAGAUCACAUCAUUGCACUCCAGCCUGGGCGACAGAGUGAGACUCCAUCUCAAAAAUAAUGAUAAUAAAAUUUUAAAAAUAAAAAUAAAAAACUGCUGAGUUGAACCA